CCACCUCCCCGCUUCCCCGCUCUCCCGCCGUCUGGGCGUCAGACAGGCUGGCGCGUGUCCGAUUUCUGGCGUAGUGCAAAGAAACAUAGUUUGACAACUCGACCAUCGCUUAGGCGUCAAUGCACGGUUCAAGAUGCCGCCUUCUAGAAAGAUUGCGGGAAAGACGACCUUCCAAGAUGAUUGGCUUCAGGUCCCAGAGUUCAAGUUUAUCAGGCGGAAGGAAGGGGACCCAUACUCCGCCCAUUGCUCAUUGUGUAUGAAAACUUUCGGCCUAAGCAACAUGGGACGUCAAGCUGUAGUUAGCCAUGUCGAGGGCAAGAAGCAUACUGGAAAGUUUAAGAACUGUACGGGAAGUUAUGGCAUGCAGCUCUUUACAACACAGAAAGAGAAGGAGUCAUCUGCACUUCCGGCGUCGGCUGGCCCUACUGCAGCGGAAACGGAUCCAGGAGUGGCGACGGCGGAUCGCGCGACGUUGAAUUCUGCUGCUACUUCCGGUGAACUUACUGCUGCUUCCGGUGAACUUACUGCUUCGCUGAGACCUGCGGGCGGCACUACAGAGGCACCACACGGUCUUUCCCACUGGAUUCAGCGUGAAGAAGUCACCCGCGCAGAGAUCAUCUGGUGCUUGGCAAGUGUGCUUCAUCAUGUCUCUCAAUCUGCUGCCGGACAGUGUAUCAGUUUGCUCCCUUUUAUGUUACCGGAUAGCCAGAUAGCUAGUAAAUUGCAACUGGGCAGGACCAAAAUAGGGUACGUGAUAAAUCAUGGAUUGGGGCCUUUUUUUCAUGACGUAGUUGUUAGGAAAGCCAUGGAAAGUGAUUUUGUAACUGCAUUUUUUGAUGAGAGUUUGAACAAGAGUUCCCAAAACACUCAGAUGGAUUUUGCCAUUGGGUUUUGGGACAAUGAAACCAAUAGGUUUUCUGUUCGCUAUUUCUCCUCUGCAUUUCUGGGCCAUACCACUGCAGAAGAUUUGUUGGAUGCUUUUCUUAAACAAUUGAAGCCUGCAUUUUUUAAGAAGCUGUUAAAUGUAUCUAUGGACGGCCCAAAUGUUAAUCUUAAGCUUAUAAAGGACUUAGAGGUUGAAAUGAAAGCCAAAAAUCACCCUGAAGACCCUCUUUUUUUGUACAUGGGUUCUUGUGGUCUUCAUGUUGUCAAUGGGGGAUUCAAGACUGGAGCCAAAAGUGCUGGCUGGGGCAUUGUUAAUGUGUUGCGGUCAAUGUACAAUUUCUUCAAGAAUGUUCCAUCUCGUAGACAUGAUUACAUUGUGUUUUCAAAGUCUAAGAAUUUCCCUCUGAAGUUCUGUGCGGUGCGGUGGCUUCAUAACGCUGCUGUAGCUGAACGAGCAAUUGCCAUCUUGCCUAAUCUUGAGAAAUAUGUAGAGGGAGUGAGGAAAGCCAAAAAGGAGAAAAAUGUAACUACUCCGUCGUAUGAAACGAUCAAGACAGCCCUGAAGGACAAUCUAUUGACUUCCAAGUUAGCAUUCUUUGCAAGUAUUGCAAACAUGCUUGAGCCCUUUCUGACGGAAUUCCAGUCAGAUAAACCAAUGGCCCCAUUUCUCUUCUGCUCCUUGGAAGGGGUUCUGACUGAUCUCAUGAAAAUCUUCGUCAAGAAAAAAGUUCUUGCGGAAAACAAUGACCUUCACAAGGUUGACUUAUCUGAUGAUAAAAAUUUGAUCACAGCCAAGGACAUAAGUCUCUCAUUCAGUUUUUCAGUGAAGGAUGCGCUGAUGAAAUCCAAAGCCACAGAGCUAGAAAAGUUACAAUUCAAAAAUGAUUGCAGGACUUUCUUGAAAUCUCUGUGCACUAAGCUACUUGAAAAGAGUCCACUAGCAUACGGCCUUUGCCGUGGUAUCUCAUGCCUCGAUCCCGGCCUGAUUGGAAGCCGUCAACGGGGCUCGACCACAAUUUCUGUCCGUCUCCGCCUUGCUCUAUCUCAGUUUGUUGAAAGGAAGUGGCUAUCUUCAAGGCAAUGUGAUCAGAUCACAAAGGAGUUCUUGGAUUUAGUUGGCACACGGGCUAUUCAUGACGAGUGCAAGGAUUUUGACAGAAGAGUAAAGCGUUUGGACGAUUUCUGGAUGCAGAUUCUUUCUGAAAAACGGUGCUCUCAAGAUUUGAAGCUCUUUGUGAAGCUUUGCCUAGGGCUCAGUCACGGGAAUGCCUCUUUGGAACGUGGCUUUAGUGUCAAUAGGGAGGUUGAAGUAGAAAACCAAAAAAAUGAUUCCUUGGUGGCCCAGCGCCAAGUGUAUGAUGGAGUGAUGGCCGCAGGUGGCAUUCAAAGUGUUAAAAUAACCAAAGAGAUGAUAAGCAAAGUGCGAUUGUCAAGAAGUGAGUACAUGAGUUCCCUUGAAGAACGGCGGCGAGAGUCAGAGAAAACCGAUCAAGAAAGGCUGAAAAAUAAACGUUUGACUGACCAAAUUCACGAGCUUCAAGAAAAAAGGAGAAAGGUCACUGCGGAUCUGGAGAAGCAAAAGUCAAGCAUUGAUGAUGAGAUUGCAAUUCUCUGCGCCCAAAAGACUUAGAAUUUAAGACAAACUCUGUAAAGUGUUAUUUUUUUUAUGUAUUUUUUUCCACACUGUGAUUUUGUAUGUUCACUUGAUAAUGACGAACAAACUCUGUAAAAUUUAAUUCUUUAUGUUUUCACUCUGUGAUUUUGUAAGUUCCCUUCAAAAUGACGAAAUAAAGUUCAUUUUUGUACUCGGCAUUUGUUGAUGUUUUUUCCUCUUUUUGCACAUCCUUCCCACGCGUGACUACUCCCUCGAAAAAUUGGUCAAAAUGUCAGGGAAAAUGGCAAAAAAGCCUCUGGAAAACCUGGAAAUGUCAGGGAAAUCCGAAAUUCUGAAAGCGUGGC